CGCUUAUCAACAACACCGGAACAACAGAAGAUCUGCUGGAAAGAAAUAAUCAUGUCUGAAAAAGUUGAUACCAAAGAGCCGGAGAAGCCUGUCCACACUAUAAUACUCGAUGCCGGACCGCUGAUCAAGAACGUCCCUUCAGUCUCAACCCUCCUCUCACAGUCCCACGUCCUCGUCACUACUCCGUCAAUAGUUUCAGAAAUUCGAGAUCCAGAAGCCCGUCGCCGAAUAGAAACCCUUUACCUCCCAUUCCUAACACAACGGACUCCGAAGCCUACCAGUCUCAAGGUUGUGUCCGAAUUUGCUAAGAAAACUGGUGACCGGGAAGUUCUUAGCAAGAAUGAUUUGGAGAUUUUAGCGCUGGCUUAUGAGGUGGAGUGCGAGAGAAACUGCGGAGACUGGAGGUUGAGACGAGAGCCUGGACAGAAGGGAAUAAAUGGGUCACCUCCGGCGCAUCUGAUCGCGGUAAGGGAUGCUGCGAAAGAUGGCGAGAAACAGCCGGAACAGCCGGAAAUCCAAGAGAACCAGGAGGACAUUGAAGAGAACCAGGAGGUGGCAACCACGGUAGAAGAACAACAGCCAGACACCGUGGUAGGAGAAGUCAUUCAAAAGAUAGAAAAUACGACAAUCGAACCGAGCCCUGAAGCUGCUCAGGAGGAACCAGCUUUAGAUCUUCCAAAUGAGGAUGCAGAAAAUCCCGGUAACGACGACGGCGAGCCUGUCGAUGAAGAAGAAGAAGAGGAUGGUAUACCAAUAGAUGAAUCAGAUUCUGAUCCCGAUGGUUGGAUCACUCCCUCCAAUAUGAAGAAACGACAGAUUCGCGAUGCCGCACUUGGUACAGCUGCACCGGAGACAAAGGUUAUGCAGGUUGCCACUAUCACUGGGGAUUUCGCCGUGCAAAACGUCCUUCUACAAAUGAACCUCAACAUUCUUUCACCCAGCAACAUGCAACAAAUUCGUCAGCUAAAAUCCUACGUCAUGCGAUGCCACGGUUGCUUCACUGUAACAAGGGAUAUGUCUAAGCACUUCUGUCCCCGUUGUGGACAGCCCACCCUUAACAGAGUCUCUUGUUCAACAUCAGGCAAGGGACAGUUCAGAAUACAUCUAAAGAAGAAUAUGCAAUGGAACAACCGAGGGAACAAGUACAGUAUUCCCAAACCUAUUGCUGGCACCGCCAAUACAAAAUGGAGUGGUGUUGGUGGUGGUAAGGGAGGGUGGGGGAUGGGACUGAUAUUGGCUGAGGAUCAAAAGGAGCACAUUAGAGCCGUUACCGAGGAGGAGAGACGAAAGAAGAAGGGAAGAGACCUUAUGGAUGAUGAUUAUCUGCCUUCCAUUCUAAGUGGAGACAGACAGCGGGCAGGUGGGAGAAUUAAGGUCGGAGCUGGCCGCAAUGUCAAUUCGAGGAAACGGAGAUAG